ACAGCCAGACCAUUCAGCCUGCAGGCAGCAGCUCGACCCUUUCAGACAGCCAGCGUGGGGGAGAGCGUUGCUGCCGUACUCCUGUGUGUGAGAGUGUGUGUGUAUAAUACUGUAUAUGUGCAUGACUGUGUGUGUGAGAUAGUGGUUUAAGCAGCCUCUUAGGAUGAGCGCAGAGGGAGACAGACGGUGCUGCGAUUGAGAGUUGGUAACAUCGCCUCUCUUUGCCGCCUCACCCUGUCCACAGCCCAUCCUGCCCUCCUCUCCCUUUCCUCUGGCUCUGAUCUACAACACCGCUGGGAUGUCUUCUUCUCCAGGAUCCAUGGACGGCAGCCAGAGGAAUAGCUGGUUAGUGCUGAUUGUCCAUCGGGCUUGAGAAUGCUGCAAGAAGGAGGAGGAGAAGAUGGAGGAGGAAGAGCGGAUAAGGUGCCACCCCAGGUGAACGAAGCGGAGCCUGCCCAGGUUAAGUUAAAGGAGGCGGAUCCUCCCCAGGUGAAGCCAAAGGAGAUGGAGUCCAGCCAGUUUAAGCUGAAGGAGGUGGAGCCUGCCCUGGUGAAUCUGAAGGAGAGGCAGAAGUUCUUUGAAGAGGCAUUCCAGCAAGACAUGGACCAGUACCAGUCCACCGGCUACCUGCAGAUCAGUGAGAGGAGAGGGCCAAUAGGCAGCUUUUCAUCCAUGGAGGUGAACGUAGACAUGCUGGAGCAGAUGGACCUGACGGACAUGUCCGACCAUGAGAGCCUUGACGUCUUCCUCCACUCUGGGGGAGAGGACAACAGCGUUGCCUCGCCCAUGCUGGGUCCAGACGUGGAGUCGUUAACCACAGAGAUCACACUGCAGGUUCCCACCCAAGCUGAGCUAAGACACACGCUCUCCUCCGCUGACAGGCAGGACACCAAGGCCAGGGAGGAUGAAGGGGGUAGGGAGGACCACAUCCACUGUACUGCCGGGGUGCAAUCAUACGAAACAGAGGUUCCCCCCAACACAGGCCUAGCAGGGAGGCCACUGCUCCAGCCACCCAGAAACCAGACACUUAAACACUGAGGACAGCAGCUCACAGGCCACGUAAGGGCCAGGGUAGAAACGAAGACACUGAACGGCCCAAAACACUGCGAGGACUGGUUGCGAUGUUCACUGUAUUUUCAUCCGUUUUGUAAAGAACUAAUUCCAUGUUGAACAUUGUGGUUACAGUAUUAUUCCCCCCCACAUCUCUUGACUUGGUAAUAAACAUUUCACCCCCUUGUACUGCCAUUUCUCAUACUGAUCCCUUAGUGCCAUUUCAGAAUGAAAUGAAAUGGGAAUAGAACGACAAUGUUCCAUAGUCCCGCUCCACUAGUCUGUUGAUUUAUAACCCAGCCUGAACCCUUUGAACAGAGACCGCUAACCGGCGCCACCGCAGACGAGCGCUACGUACAUUCCCGGUUUCUUUUCUUUACUAGAGGCCAUUGCACACACCUGAAUAUGUUUUCAGAACACGAUUAUAUCAUACAGCUGCUUGAAGCGCCAGCACUGCCUGCUAAUGGCUCACAGGUGUGGGUGAUUGGCAGGUUAUUGCAGAGUGAGAGGUGGACUAAGUAUCCUCUCGGUCUGGUUGGGUCUUAACAGUGUUGGUUUGACACCUUUUUGUUAUUACAACUUUUAGAUAUUUCCAUUUUUUGCUAUCACCAUUUGAACUUAAAUGUGUCUGGUAGGGCUGGCCGUCUAGAGUGGCAGGACAGAACUCGCCCUGGACCCUGGUAAGUACACUGUUUCCUGGGUACAUUAAAGACAUCUGUUCACUUACCCUUGUUUGACACUGAAUGCACACACUUGUAUCAGGCUUGGACCCCUAGACAUGGAGUAUACUUAUUUGUGGAAUGGCUAACUAGUUUGGUAACAUGACAGCUUCAGAACACCACAACGACAGACACGCAGGUUCAAAAGAAAAGACAGUGAAUUGUCUGUACGUUUUUAUUAAACCUUUAGUACAAACUGCAAAAGUAAAAAAACUGGCAAUAUAACCAACAUGAACUCUUUCCAAGUGGAAGGAAAGAUGGAGACGCAGUGCUAAUAAAUUAACUUGCCAGACCGUGAGCAAUAGUUUAUACUGUAGAAAAAGAAAAUUGCAAAGAAAUCUGAAUAAAAUACAUUGUAAGGCCAUAAAAACUUAACCACUUUUGUUGAAAACGACCGACUUGGUUUUCUUUAAAUAUUCCUAAAACAGUUCAGUCUUCUGUAAAGGACAACAACCAACAAACUGGAUAAUAGGAUCACCUUGUCAGCCACCACUGGCAAGCUCAGUGCAACAUGAGGAGCUACUACAUUGUUGAAUUUUCAGUACAUUUUUGUGAACAUAUGUUCCCUUUUCUUUAAAAAAAGUAAAGCUAAAAGGAAAAAAAAAAAAA